CUGGAGUGCGCAGCUCGAGCUCCCACUUUGGACGAAGAAAUUAGACGACGAUGGCAGCUACCGCAUCGGAGGCGCCGGAAGCCUCGGCCCAGGCCCAGGCCCAGGCCCAGGCCCAGGCCCAGGCCCAGGCCCAGGCCCAGGCCCAGGCCCAGGCCCAGGUCCAGGCCCAGGUCCAGGCCCAGGUCCAGGCCCAGGCCCAGGAUCAGGUCGAGGUCCCAACAGAAGAGGAGGCAGCAGAGGCAAAAGCAAAAGCAAUGGAGGAAGCCGCGGCCGCCGCCUCCCCUGCGAAUGAGGGUGAAGUUCUGGAGGCCCAGGUCAUCUCCGCUCCACAGAAGGCGGUGAGUACGGAGCGGAGCCCUGUCCCCCCAGUGCCCGAAGUUCCUUCGACAUCAGCGGCAUCCUCAGCUCAAGAUCCAGCGGCGGCGGUCACAGUGGACGCUCCCAGGAAGCGCCGCGGCAGCCGUGCGUUCAUCGACAUGUCUCUGGAUGAUAUCAUAAAGCUCCAACGGAGGGAGCAGGUCCUGGGCCAAGCAGAGCAAAAUGGAUGGAGAGGGUUUGCCAGAAACAGAAACCAGGCUUACGACCAGACAUCUGGAUUUUUCAAUGGACCCCAGCGAUUGAGGAGGUGGCUUGGACACCAGAAUUAUUACAGAACUGUUCAGAAUUCACACAGGCCAAGAGCGUUUCCUUUCAUCCCUAGGUGGAUCCCAGGUGACAGAAACAAUGCAGCUUUUGAGGGGGAUGGCAACAGCGAAUCAACAGCUAGGCAGUUCAAUAACCAAAACAGCUGGCCUGAGAGAUGGAGGAGACAGCUGACAUUUGGACCAGCGAGCAAAUCAUUGCCAAGUAAUGCAAGAAGAGCAACCAAGCAGAAGCAGCAAAGGGACAGUCAAGUGAACCAGAACCGGGGGAUACCACCACCACACACAGGACAGACAUCUCAGGGGAAGUCUCCAAGCCAAAGCAGCUUUUCUGACAGGUACCAAGUCCAGAUCAAACCCGGAUCAGUCCUCACAAUUUCUGUUGCCAGUCCUCAGGGAGGCCCAAAUAAGCUAUUCAGAAGAACCAAUGAGGAAAGUUCAUUUCAAACAAAUAAAUGGAACUCGCCUAAAAUUGAGAAAAUUCAGCCCAAAGGGAUUUCCCUGAGAUACAAUUUCCGGGCUGUUGCCAAUCAGACUAAAAUUACCCUCAAUGAAAGAUUCUCUGGCCUGCCCAUCCUCCCAAAGGAUUUCACAGUUACCAAACCUCGGAACAGAACCGUCACACUGCCUUAAAUGUUCACAGCUAUGAUAAUACAGAGUUAGUAGUUGCUUAAUGCAUUUUUUUUGCCAGAGAUAGUUAUUUUUCUUCAAAUAGUUUGCUGACAUAGACUUUCCACUUUAUGCUACAGUCUCAGUAAUCCAUUACUGUUGUGUGUAUACAUAUACCCCAAGGAACAAAAUCCCUGUGGGCUCUCUCUCUUCAUGUCCGUUUACUCGCAAAGUUGGCAGGUAACAUAGGAGACAGAAGGGGUGAAACAUCUCCGUGGCUUCUUACAGUCGCACCGUUGUCCUUUCCUCUUUGGGUGCCCUGUAGCAGUGGAGGGUUCGUUCACUCCCAGUUCACUUGUUCAUUAAAACUGAGGAACCCAUUUCAGAUCCUGUUCUACCAUUAGAGUAAACUAGCCCACAGGGGCUGCUCUGUCCAUAGCCUUGGGAGAGCAGUCACUCAGUCCAGCUGAACUUGACAUUUCCAAUGGAACAUCUGGGACAGACUGUUUGGCAUUUCUGUUGACAUUAACUGGCAUUGGACCUUAACAUGGAUUUGUAGAGAUUUACAGGUAGUUGCAUUCUAAGAUGGAGCACUGUCUACUAUGUGUACACAAACUAAAUAAAGACUAUGGAAACCAG